CUGUUCUUUAUCAAAGUCCCCAAAAUAAGCAGGAAUGGGCAGUGACUAGGCACAGUCUCUACACACCUUUUUCCAUGGAGUAAUUAAGGCCUGCCUCAGAGUGAGAGAGCACUCCCUGCCCAGCUGUGUGAGGCAGAGCUGACAGCACUACCACCACCAAGCAUGAAGCUCCUAGGGAUUGCCUUCUUUUUCUUAGUUGCGCUCUGUGUUUGCACUGUGGGAGAAAAUGGUGUUCAAACCAGUACCGCCAGUGCAACUGCUCCUGCCUCAACAUCAAAAUCUGUAACAGAAGCUUUCACUGCAUCAACUUCACGAGCAACAACAUCUCAAGCACCAGUGCUGACAACAACUGCAAUCAGAGCUACAGACGAGUCUAUCACAAGCAGCUCUACACCUUCUGCAUCUACUGUUACACAACAAAUAACACAAGGUACAACAACACAACCACCAGUAGAAGUGACCACUACAGCAGCAUAUAAAAGUGACAGCACAACAAACACUACACAAGCAAAUGGAACACAGUUGGCACAAAAUGAGAGUUCAGAUGCUUCAUCCACUAAGGGAUGGUUUUCUUCAUCCACUGAGGGAUCGUCCUUUUCACCUACAAUCUCUCUACAAAAAACCACUUCUGCUCCUGGAACCUCAGGCCUUCACCUGAGCUCACCAACACAAUCAACAAAUCUAGGUUUUUACAGUCCUGAGAGCACUCGUGAAAACAAGAAAGGGACAGGGAGUGACAACCACUAUUCUAGUGUUAUCUUGCCAGUCGUCAUCACCCUGAUAGUUAUUACCCUCUCUGUCUUCUCACUGGUGUCUUUGUACAGAAUAUGUCAGAAGAAAACUCCAGAGAGACAAGAGAACAGCACUGAACAAGCCCAGUCAGAUAAAGAAGGAGUGAAACUUCUUUCUGUGAAGACAACUUCUUCUGAUACUGUUUUUAUAGAAGUGCAUGAUAUAUAUGAGGUUGGCUUCUCACUGCCCUCUGCCAGUCUAUCUGAGCCCACAACUCCUCCUCCAUCAGGAGAAGUGUCACGAGGCAGGACCACAGGUAAAGGGGGUCUAGUUGCACUUGCAGCUGUGCAGUUGUCAGUGCUUUGUUAACUGCACCAAACACUUCUUUCCAGCUCCCUUAGGCUCCCACUUUUGCAGUUCACACGUGUACUUAUCAAAGUAGACAAACAUGCAAUGAAUUUUCAACCCAUUAUGAAGAAAAACAUUGCCACAGCAUCUAUCAAAUAGGAUCAACCAAUAGUUUUAUGCAAGAUGCUGUAUAACUAUAUUGUGAGAAGCUCUCAAGUCUCUCCUGAUGCCUUUUAUCUCCUUGUGAACAAGACUAGAAUUUCUGUGUCAUCCUCUCCUAAAUGCAUAAUACAGAAACAACAAAAGCCAAUUUUUCAUUGAUGUUGCUGUCCGGCAAUUUUGCUCUUGUUCAUAUAUAUUCUGCAUAACUGUGCCAUAUCUCCCAGUUACAAGGCUUCAAAGCAGGCAAUCUAUCUAGACCAGUUGAACACUGCCAUGGCACUGUGUAUAUUCUCUGGUGUGAAAUAAUUUCUUUGGUUGAUUAAAAUAUCAUUUGUUCUAACAAAAUGCCAAACACAAGUAUUUGGGUUUUGUUUUCCCUUAUGGGAAGCAAGGUCUAAUCCACUGCUUUUAGUGGGUGAUGGUUUAGGGGCAUGUUUGGUUUUUUACAGUCUCAGAAUUUAUUUGUCAGUUAAGGCUAUUCUGAGAUCAGUAAAAAUGUCUUCCCACUUGCAACUAACCCAACUGUUCUUCUGUAUUGUCUCUUUGUGUUGCAGCUGGAUAUUUAGUACAGCAUCAAACUGCUGAGCCAUUAGACUCCAAAAUUUUUCUAGAUACCUCAGUCUCAAGACGUCCUGCAGCUCUGUAUCUGAAACCUUGUGUUAUCCUUGUUUCUCUUGAACAGACAGCAUCUGUGUGACCAUUUCUUCUCCAGUAUAUAAUCAUUCUCUCUUUAUCACUCAACUGUUAGUUGGCACUAACAAUCAUAGACCCUAUAAUGCAAAUAUCUUCAGACAUAUUUGCAGCCAUGGGGUAGCAAUAACUUGGUUUUGUUUCAGAAUUCUAGCAGGCUCCUGCCCUGUUGGGAGCACAACGGCAAAGCAACACAGAGCACCCCUGCCUGCAUUGAGCCAUCAUCAGACAGUCACUGAUAUUAUAGGGGGACAUUGACCCCAGUAAUAGUUUGCGGCAGUUCACUCUUUCCAGGGAUUAUGUGUGUAGUGCCAGGAAAUCAGAUAGGGCAUGUGAGUGUCUGCGUGCUCAGGGUCUGCAGGAAGUCAAAUUCACCAUUCCUGUUCCAUACACCACUUCCAGCAGGUACCAAUCAAGCAGUCUCCCGCCUGGAAACAGCACUGCUUCACCCACCUCAUGCUCUGAUCCAAAGCCUGUUGACAUAAAUGGGCAUUAUCCAAGGAGCUAGGUUGGCUCUGGAGCAUCUCCUUAGACGUGGUGUUUUCCUGUGGUGUGAAAUACCAGUCUUCCAUGUAAGUCUGCCUAAUUUCUAGCAUAGGCAGAGCAGCAAGAUGAGAGUGGAACUGAUAACAAAGUAUUGAUAUUUAUUACAACUAUUGAAUAUUAUCUUCUGCAUGGUAAUAUAUUUCUCAACUAAUUUCCCCUACCUCUUUUCUAAACAAUCUUGCCAAUUUCUCCCUUUCACACCCUAUUAAAUCUUCUAUUUCUGUAUAUUGAACAAGGAAAGUAAAAAAGUUAGGAAUGAAGAAAUAAUAAAGCAAGAAAUAGAUAAUAAAUUUAAAAAUAAAUUAAGGUUCUUAAAAAUCUCAUUACUUUGUUAGUCCAAAACUCUACAAUAUUUAAACUGGUUCACUUUAUUUUAGCUUUUCAAAACAAGAUUUUUACCUAACAAAAGCUUUUCACCUGCCAAAACUGUACAAAUCUUGUUGAAAUGUUUCAUUGGUUGUCUACGGGAGACUUGUGUUUUCCUUUUCUCUAGACGAAAUUUAUCACCAGAAUUUCUGAAGCUCUAACUUAGCAACAAUUAAGAAUGUUUUUUAACAGUUUGAUCUGAAAUUGAACACUUGGGAAGUUGUCCUGGGUUCAGCACUU